AUGGACAAACAGGCCAGAUGCUCCUCCUUCCACUUCAAAGCUGUGCCUUGCUCUAAAGGCAUUGCUGUAGAUGAUCCCUUGAAGACAUCUCCAGAUGAUGUUUCCACUAUUGCCCAUGAUAUUGAGGCAGAGCUUCUAAUCUGCUACUUGGAAACUGGGGAAGCCUGGCAUUGCUAUGGAAUCAUUCACACAGCUCAAGGGGAGCAGCCAAGGAUUAAGGAGCUGACCUUGAGUCCUGCCCCCAUGAAUUUCCCAGUAUUUACCACGGCUGCAGCUGAAGAAGCCUUCAAGAGAGAAGUAUCUUUUUCAGUUAUGUACACACCAUUUCUGAAAGGAGACAAGGCUGACAAAAUAAAGGAGGCAAAUAAAAACUUUGCUAAAGAGCACCCUGAUUACAUGCAGCACAUAUUCACAGAUCCUCAUAGAAUUCACACAUGGCCAGACAUGGUUGAAUCUCUGCCUGCCUGCCCAGCAGUGCUCACUGACUGUGGGUUUCAGAAACAAAAAAACUUGGAAAGGUCUGUAACUAGAAAACUGCCAAUAUUUUCAGGUCAGAAAGCAUCUUUCAGUCCUACCAUGGAAGAAGAAAUAAAGCAAUUUGGGGAAAGAACUGGGGAAAAAUAUUGUCAUGGAUUUUAUAGGAAGCACCACUAUAAAAACUUCUUUUUGAUGUGUGAUGUGUGGUGGCAGAAUCCUCUGUGGCAAGCACAGCUCGUGUCCAGUGUGAUGGAGAGGUUCCAUUUCACCAACCUCCCUGGCCUCUGGCAGAGGGAGGAGGAACAGCCCCAAGUGAUGAAUCAAGUGAUGGCUGAGCUGGUGACCAUCCCUGCCUGCAGGAAGCCACUUGGGAGGCUGCAGUCACUAAUGGCUGAUGCCAUGGACAUCCUUGAAGGAAGAAGUGAAGAACAUGUGUGGACUAAAAUUGAGAAGGUAAAAAGCAGCAGCAAAGGGCAGGAGAGUAUAUUGCUCCUUGGGGAGUAA